GCUGCUCCUUACCUCUGACUUAACCCUCUUUUUGGCUUGACAGCUCUCUCUGCCUCCUGUAGCAAAACCUGUAGCUUUGAUCUUUGCAGUGAUCCUCUCCAUCUUUCCCUCUCCCGGUACUUAGUUCCUCAGCCUCUGCUUUACCUGACCCUGUCUGUUUCCAUCCAGGCUGGUAGAUCUGCUUGUGUGUGCAAGGGCCGCAGCGUCACUCUGCCGUUACACAGCUGCUCCCUUACUGCCUUAAAACAUAAUUUAAUCUCAUACCUUGAAGCCUUUCCUGCUAUAUUCUAACUUGUUUCUCCAGACACAGGAGUUGCAGAAGUGCUUUAAGAGAGUAAGACACGAGCAUGCAGGUAUCGAGUUUUUGUUGAUGGCUUUGUGGUUUCUAGAGAGCAGAAACGGGGGCACCACUGAGAAGGAGCUGGGGCUGCGUUGUGGUGUCUGCUUGUGGCUGUUGUAACUCUUGAUUCUGUUGUUUCUCCUGCGUUUGAGCUUUACCCCAGGCUUUGCUGAGCAGGAAGCCAGCCUGCACGUCUGACAGGCACGUUUGCCGUGUGCUCACUAACUGAAUACAGAGCUGAUGUGCAAGAAAUGUCUAACUGCUGGCAGCCUACGCCACCUUUGCUUCCCCCCUUAAUGUUUUAAUGUUUGCAGGUUCAUGCAGGUGAAGUUUGGUUGUGCCCGGAUCCAAAGAUACAAGAGGAAUAAAAAGCAGCAGCCCAGCUUAUGUCCAGCUUAUUUUGUGUUGCAAUAUGAGGAGGACAUAGACCAGCUGGUGAUCAACGAACUGAACAAUGACCACAUCCACUUGGACCCGGGGUGUUCCCCAAGCAGGGACACGGCUGUGACAGCGAGCACCGUGGCCACAGAACUGUGUGAGCAGCAGCAGGGUGGGACUGACACGGGACAACCAGCGGGCACCGCUCUGCACUGGACUACUGUGCACCCAGAGGCAGUGAAGGGAGAACCCUCGGCCUCAGCACUCGUCAGGAUUGCUGAGGUCAUGAAAACCUUCCUGAGGGUGGACGGGGGCUUGCUGGCCUCAGUCAGCGCAGACAGCGACCAUGGCCUGGACAGACUCAGCUUCCAGACCAGCAAGAUGAAGAGCUCGUUUCUGCGGUUCCCCAAGAGCCUCCUGCUGCACCGGGCGCCGAGCAAGGACGGACACGUUCUCUACGCUUUCCUUGUAGAGAAUAAGGAGCAAGUGGGGAAAGUGGUGCACUUGUCGCUGCUGAAGGAUGACACGGGCCACAGUGUCAGGGAAAUGCUAACUGUCUUUAAGGAGUUCAACCCCGAGUGGCAAAAAGUGCAGGCUGUCUUUGUGGACAUCUCCUUCUUUCACAGAGCUGUCCUCCAGGAGCUCUUUCCCUCUGCCCGGGUGCUCCUGUCUGUCUCUCACGCUGUCCGCCUGCUUGAGAAGAACGUGAAAGAAGCGGAGAUCUCCUCUUCCCUCAAGCAGAGCCUGAUGCUGGCCUUGCAGAAGGCCGCGUGUUCCCCUUCACCUGCCAGCCUGGAUGCCUUGUCCCAGCUGGUGAAGCCCGUGGUCAGCCCGGCGCUGUACGACGACCUGCAAGCCAACUGGUUCUCCUGCGAGCCAUCAUGGUGCACGUAUGCGGGGAAGGGUCUGCGCUCCUGCGGCACGCUCUUGGACAGCCUGGACCACCUCAUGCACCAAGUAGCUGGUCUCUUCGGCCAGCAGCCGUCCCUGGAGGCGAGCACAUUUCAUUUUCUGGAGUGUGCAGAGUUCCUUGAUGCCGGAGGCUUGGAAAGCCCGAACUGGGGCUUCCUGAGCGCCAAGGAGGACAGUUGGAGCAGCCUCCUGGAGAAGCCUGGCAUGCACCCUGGUACUGCGCUAGAACCAGGCCCCGUUUGUGGCUCUCCAGCUCUUGCCAAGCACCUGGGGCCUGCGGAGCAGGCUGCCGCAGCGGGGACGGGCCAUGUGCUGGCCAUGCUGUGGGUGAGCUGUACAGAGCUGGGCUCCUGGCUGUGCUGGAAGGAGUGGGAGAUGGUGCAGAGCUCCACACAGCUGCUGAGCCCCGCGUCGGGCAGCUUCACCGUGCGGCUGCUGGAGGACACGCAGCGGGUGAGCCGGGACGGCCGGAGCUGCAGCUGCUGCUUCCACCGCCGGUACCGGCUGCCCUGCAGGCACGUCCUGGCCGUGCUGCAGGCGCACCGCGGCCGCGUGGAGGAAGCCAUGGUGUCCAGGCGCUGGCAGAGGAGGUACCAGCACCUCCCGGCCCCCGGGGAUGGGGGGCGGGCGGACCGGGCGCUCUACGUCUUCCUGGUGGCCGGGCUGGCCCCGCCACAGUGGGGUGGCAUGGCCAGGGUGGUGCAUCUGGCCAUCCCGCGGGAUGAGUCGGCGGGAAGCCUGGCCCGCAUGUACGAGACAUUCAAGGCCUUCAACCCCGCCUGGGCCAAGACCCGGCUCAUCCUGGUGAAACCCAGCCUCCCCGAGGAGUCGGUGCUCACCCAGGCCUUCCCGGCCGCGGAGGUGCAGCCCUCCAUCUUCCACCUCUGCAAGCGCCUGCAGAAGCAGAUCCAGCAGAUGGCCUUGGGGGACCGCACCGAGCGCCUGGUCCUGGCCUCCCUGAACAACGCCAUGUGCGAGGCCUCCGAGACCAAGCGCAGGGAGACACACGCCCUCCUGAGGGAGAUGGGGACGCCGGGCGUGCAGCCCCAGCUCUGUAUUGACUGGCUGCUCAACGAAGAGAUCUGGGCCGCGCACAGGAAGAGGACCUGGGGGGUGGGCGGUAGCUACUUUAAGGACCUGGAGAUCGUCACCAAGGGGUUAAACAAGGUUUUCAGGGCUGGGCGCAGUCUGGAGAGCUGCAUCACCUCCUUAGUCCAGCACUACCAGAAGUGUAUUUUGAAGAGCCAUCCUGAUGCUGUGAUGUGCAUCACUCCCCGUCCUGAUCACUGCGCUGCUUGGGCAGCUCCCCAAAGCCUGGCUGCCUCGGAUUUGCCUCCCGCCCCUCUGGCGUGCCAGGGUGAGCCAUCUCAGAGCUCUCUCCAGGCCUCCCCCACCGCAGCAGCAGCUCAGCAGCAGCAGCCAGUGCCAGCCUCUCCCAGAGCUGUUAAGAGUCCUGUGUUUGUUCUCCAGAGUUCAUCGGCAGCUCCUCGCAUCCCUGAGGCAUUUCAGUGUCAGCCUGAAACCCUCCAGGCUCUCUUCCUCCAGGAUGAGCCCCGAAGCCCUCAGUCCUCUUCAGAUCCUUCAUCUCCUGCAGCUAAACUGCAGGCCACAGAAAACCUGGAGGGUGACAGCAAGGACGAGAUUAAACGCAGGGCUGAAGAAUGCAUCAAGCAGUCUUUGAGCGAUAUUUGCACAGAGCCCGCUGCCCGGCUGUGCCUGAGCGAGUUUGCAGUGGUUCAGAAGUCAGUGCAGCUGAUAGGCACCGAGGAGGACGCUCUCAGCAUACAGAUCCUGGAGGAUGUACACAGGGUGGACAUGAAAGACCUCAGCAGCUGCACUUGCCACUUCAACCAGGUCUUCCAGCUGCCCUGCCGGCACAUCCUGGCUGUGCUGAAUUUGGACAGGAGGACCUUGCAGCCAGAGAUGCUCAGCAGGCAGUGGCAGAAGGGAUGUGAUUCCCAUCAGGCCGGGCAUGACAGUGCUGAUGGCCUCUUGGAGAUCCUGAAGAGCUCCUGGGAUGAGUCUUUGGAUAAAUCCCUGGUGGUGUCCUUCCUGAUGACAGAGAUCAGCCGGCUUCUCACCCACUGCAGCAGGGAGGAGUUUGAGCGCAGGUACAGGACCCUCCGGGAGCUGGCUGAUGGCUGGAUUGGGCCCUACGUCGAGGUGAAGCUCUAGUGCUGAGCGGGAGCCGAGCUGGCCGCCCCGUGUGCAGCCCUCGGGGGCAGCAGACGUGUGGGAGGCCUGUUCAUUGCUCCACCGCUGCCCCGGCUGCCACUCGCGCUCCACUCACCCUGUCUCUUGAGGCUCGGCAUGGAAGGGGCAGUUUGGGGCCUUCAUCUGCCGAGUGAGUGACAGUCGCCUCUCGCCCGGGGCAGCUGAGGAACCGGGUUGGGAACUCCUGAUCACGCUGGACCAGUAACCGGCCGCUGACCUGGCUAACAGGAGACGUGGCUGGAAGCCAACAGCAGGUGGUGCGGCGUGGGAGGUGAUGGUAUAAUAACAUGGGAUAAAAUUAUUUGAUCUGUGGCCAGCGCCUGCAGGUCCUUCCAGCAUCCAGCUGUGAUGUGUUGUGCAACAAAGCAAAUAAAUCGGCCUUGUACCACGCGG